GACCUAUAUGCAGAUGAACCUGAUUUAUUUGUAGCAGGCAUGGCUGCUGGAAACCACAAAGUAGCUGUGUUCAGCCUUAAUAGAUAUGAUCCAUGUUUGGAAUUUUCAAAGGAAUUUUGGUUUGAGAGGCAAAUAGUUGGUGGGUUUACUCAGAAAGAGAGGAAGAAGUUGAUAUUACAAAGGUCGUGUAAAUUGGUUGUUCAUGAAAUUUGUCACAUUUUAGGAAUAGACCAUUGUAUAUUUUAUGACUGCUGUAUGAAUGGAUCUGGACAUUUAGAAGAAGAUUUUCAACAACCAAUGUUUCUAUGUCCUGUUGAUUUACACAAGCUUCAAACUUUGUGUGGUUUUGAUAUCAAGAAACGUUACAAA